CAAGGUCCAGAGGGGCCCAGAUUAUUUCUCUGUAAUUAUUAGCCCCGCCCCUGAAGCGAAGAGGUGGGUCUUAAGAGUUGCUAGGAUACGGUAAACUACUGCGUGAAGAGUUUGUGUACGUUUCAGAACUGGAGAAACCAACGGAAAUUUGCAAUAAUAUUAAAAUAAAUCUUUAAAAACAAAAACACCAGCACGCGAAGCAGCGACAGAAGCAGUAAUCGUCAUGGAGAUCGUGUAUGUGUACACAAAGAAGCGCAGCGAGUUCGGACGACAAUGUAACUUCUCGGACCGGCCGGCUGAGCUGCAUGUGGACAUCCUCCCAGACCCCAGCCAGAUGGACAACUACAUCGAGAGAAACCCCUGUGACAACCCCACCCAGUGUGCCCAGGAGAUGUCAGAGCAUGAGGUUAACACAGAGCGCUUUCAGACUGAAACGCGAGGGAUAAACCAUGUGGAGGGGGGCUGGCCAAAGGAUGUCAACCCACAAGAGAUGGAGCAGACCAUUCGUUACAGAAAGAAAGUGGAGAAGGACGAGAACUACAUCAAUACCGUCUUGCAGCUGGGUAGCCUGAUGGAACACUGCAUCAAGCAGAACAACGCCAUUGAUAUUUACCAGCAGUACUUUGAGGAGGAGGAAGUAUCGGAAAGUGCUGAGGAGCAGCCUUCAGCAAAGACCAUCAACGUCUUCAGAGACCCAAAUGAGAUCAAGCGCACUGCCACUGGCCUGUCGUGGCACCCCGAUGGUGCAAAGAAGUUGGCAGUUGCAUAUUCUUCUCUGGAGUUCCAGAGGGCCACCAAGGACAUGAGUUUCGACUCCUACAUAUGGGACAUUGAAAACCCAGACAAACCUGAGAUGACCCUGAAACCAGUGUCCCCACUCGUCUGUCUGGAGUACAACCCCAAAGACUCCCACGUUCUGAUUGGCGGCUGCUACAAUGGGCAAAUUGCUUAUUGGGACACUCGCAAGGGGAGCCAGCCAGUGGAGAUGUCCACAAUCGAGCACAGCCACAGAGACCCUGUCUACAAAGUGAUCUGGUUACAGUCAAAGACAGGCACAGACUAUUUCUCUGCAUCAACUGAUGGAAAUGUUCUGUGGUGGGAUAUUCGGAAGAUGAGCGAGCCUACGGAGAGACUGAUACUUGACCCGAGCAAGAAGGGGAACCUGGACAAUGCACUAGGAGCCAUCUCUCUGGAGUUUGAGACCACAAUGCCAACAAAGUUCAUGGUGGGAACAGAGCAGGGGCAGGUGGUAUCAUGCAACCGAAAAGCAAAGACCCCAGCCGAAAAGAUUGUAUGCACUUACAGUGGCCACCAUGGGCCAAUCUACGCCCUGCAGAGGAACCCCUUCUUCCCCAAGAACUUCCUGACUGUGGCCGACUGGACGGCACGCAUCUGGUCAGAGGAAAUCAAGGAGUCCUCCAUCAUGUGGACCAAGUACCACAUGACUUACCUGACGGACGGCUGCUGGAGUCCGGUCAGACCCGCUGUGUUCUUUACCACUAGGAUGGACGGCACACUGGAUGUGUGGGACCUCCUGUUCAAGCAAAAUGACCCCACGCUCAGCCUGAAGGUGUGUGAUGAAUCCCUGUACUCCCUGCGGCUCCAGGAUAAUGGGAGGUUCCUUGCCUGUGGCUCCCAGCUUGGCACAACCACACUGCUGGAGAUCUCUCCCGGACUGUGCACUCUGCAGAGGAACGAGAAGGCGCUGGCUACUGCGAUGUUUGAGCGGGAGACGAAGCGUGAGAAGAUUUUGGAGGCACGUCACCGUGAGAUGCGCCUAAAGGAGCGCAGCCGCUCAGAGCAGGGCAAGGAGGAGGAGACGAAGGACGUGGACACGGAGGAGAGCAGCGAGGACCUGGUGGCGCGAGCAGAGAAGGAGUUCUUCGAGGUCGUGGAGUUUGAGCUCAAGAAGAGAGAGCGUGAGGAGGAGAAGUCACAAAGCAAAGCUGACAAGGAGAAGGAGAUUUCUGAAGAGAAAGAGGCUCAGGAUUAAUCCAGCCUUUUCCUCCUUGACGCUUAUUUUCACUCUCCUGACAAGUCCCGCAGUGUGGCCCUGUUAUCUUUAUAGGAGGACCUCCAGACACUCCAUUUCUCACUGGACUCAGAACAAAUAGGAAGAUUAAGUAAUAUUUGUAGCUAACUGAGCAAAGUGUCAGGAGAAAACAAACGAGACCGGACUGCAAGCCCCACUGAGAAGAACUGUGCAGAUGUGUUUAAUAUAUUUAUAUAUAUAUGUAUUUGUGCUCAAUGUAGUCACUGUUUAUAAAUAAAUAAUAAUACAAGUUCUACAAUC